AUUCUAUUGGCCGAGAAUGUGUCGAAUACAAUUUAUUAGGAGUUGCACACGGGUAUAAAUAGGGCACGCACUGCAACAACCGGCAUUCGCUUUUAAAGCUAUCUCCAAACAAGUCACUACCUCCGCAUACUAAAAAACCUCAAAAUCAUGGCUGACAAGAGCUUCGACAAAGUUCUCAAGAACAGACAAUGCAAACUGGCGAACAAGUCCAGUAAACCCUUACUCGAAAGGCAACGCCGAGCCCGAAUUAACCAUAGCCUAAACGAGUUGAAAACACUGGUCCUGUCAUCACUAUAUCAAAACUGUCCUCAAGCCGAACAAAACUGCGAGAAAAUGGAAAAAGCCGAAAUCCUCGAGCUCACAGUAAACUUUCUCAAAGUCAUCCAAAGCCGCAGAAAUACUGUUAUGCCGCGGCCAGAUCUCGAAAAAGCCAAUGAGUUCCACCACGUGAAGAUGGAGCAAAUGAGCCCAGAGCAAGCGAACGCAAGACAACACCCGGUGUGUUCUACCAGUCAACUCUCUAAGCCCCUCUGCUGUCAAGGUUGCAGGCCCGGUCAAAGAGUUUGUGAACCCUACGUUGUCGCCGCUCCACCAUCCAUGUACAGUCUAGCCAACACGCGAAAGCUACCUGUGGCUGUGAACCCUCAUCAUGUCCCUGAGUACCAGCUUGCCUCGUCGCAUGUUGAAAAGAGUUCGCAAGCUCAGAGGUCGGCGAUCUACACACAUGUCUCUGCCCCUAGUAAAGUCUGGAGACCGUGGUAAUUACUAUGAGACAUAUAGAUAGCCCUUGAACAUACACUUGUUAACCAUAUAGAAUAUAUUGUAAAUAGCGCCAAGAAUGGCGACGAAAUAUGACUUGUAAAUAAUUAUUUAAUGCCGAAUUUGAGUAGUAAUAAAGAAUUAUCAUGAA